AUGGGCGCGCGCGUUAAGAUUGCCCUGGCGUGGCACCACAAGGCGCAGUUUCUCAAGGACCUUUGCUGCGAGCACAAGGCGUUUCGCGGUAUGCUGGCCACCAUCAAGGGCGAGCCUCCGAGACAAUCGUGCCCAGCGACCGCGACGGCAUCUUCGCUUGGAUUCGCGUUCAUUGUCGUCGACUUGCUUGCUGACCUUGUCGACAUGGAUCAAGACGACAUUGGAGGCCUCGAUCGCAGCGUUCAGCGCGCCACUGGAGCGAGCGGCAUCUCGGUUGCAUCUUUGACGACGAACAAUGCGACGCAGAGGCCGAGCCGCCGGUCGCGGGACCUCUAUCGUCAACACCGCGGCGACCACCGCCCAGAAACGCUAGCAUCGCAAGUGCGGGUGGUCUACGCGAUGGGCCGCCAGUCCAAGCCCCGCACCGAGUGGGAGCCGCUGCUCACCGCCACGAUCGCCGCACAAGUGGCCGUCCUAUGCGACGAUCACGAAGACAUGCUCGCAUCGUCCUUCUACCAUGGCGAUCUGCUGCUCAGCCUCGGCGAGUACGCGUCGGUGCUGGUCAUUGUCCUGUGA